UGCUGCUUAUCACCGUUAUACAGUACUGUAGCAUCAUGCUAAGCUAAUUCAGGUUAUAUUGUACCAAAUAUGGGGUUGUAUUAGGUACAACGGCUGAGGCUGCUACAGGCUGGUGUUGUUAGGCUCUCUGAAGAAAGGAGGAUGAUAUCGAUAUCCUCAAUUUGAGAAUACCAGUGCUGGGCUAAAUAGUGAGAUAAAGGAAUGAGAGGCACGCAUGCAUAGCACUGCUGCUUCCCAGCACUUUAUUCCUGCAUCCAAAUGAACAACAAGGCUCUCUGACCAGACAUGGGGAACGUCAGGACCAGCCCAGUCUCUAUGCCAGCGAAUGGGGAUGACACCAACACCAGCUCUGACCCCUCUCUGAGAAACAACGAUACCCUGGGAGUCCUGUCUGACUACCCCUCAGCAAACGUCAGUGAUACCCUGGGAGUCCUGUCGGAUUACCCCUCAGCAGACGUCAGUGAUACCCUGGUAGUCCUGUCGGACUACCCCUCAGCAGACGUCAGUGUGCCUCUCUUCAGGAUAGGAGAGAGACUGAGACUCCUGGCAGAGGAGGGUUACUGGUGGAGGGUUUGUUCUGUCCAAACAGGAUAUGAGAACUACAUCCCCAACAACCAUGUGGCCAAGGUCUAUCACGGCUGGUUGUUUGAAGGGGUGGCCCGACCCAAAGCAGAGGAACUGCUUCGUCUGCCCGGAAACAGAGCUGGCUCCUUCAUGAUAAGAGAAAGUCAAAAAGGUGUGUAUACCCUGUCUGUACGUCACAGGGCUAUGGUACACUAUCGCAUCAUCCGCCUUCCCAACAACUGGUACUACAUCUCUCCUGGUCUGACCUUCCAGUGUCUGGAGGACCUUGUCAACCACUACUCUGAUUGUGCAGAUGGCCUGUGCUGUCUCCUCACCACCCCCUGUCAGGCUGUAACCAAUGGCAACCUCAACCUGGCCUCGCAGGCGCCCCAUGUGGUGAUGCACAACAAUUUUGACUGGAAAGAUGUCAACAGCUCGGAGCUGACAGACCAGCCUCAUCGUUACCCUGGCAACAGAGACUCUAUGCUCAGCUUUGGCUUGCGGAACACAGUCUCCUCCUACAUGUCUCUGGGGGACAUGAGGAAGAGGAGCAGCUGGAGGAGGAGGAAGACGAGGAACACUGUGUGUGUGCCUCCCGGUCACGGACUCAGCACUACAGCACUGGAAGAGGAGGGGGAAUACGCACAAGCCAUCCAUCUGAACUCUUAAGACUGGAUAUGGGCUUAAUGUAUGGACACAUAUCCUGCUGCAUAGAGAGGACAUAUCCUGCUGUAUAGAGAGGACAUAUCCUGCUGCAUAGAGAGGACAUAUCCUGCUGUAUAGAGAGGACAUAUCCUGCUGUAUAGAGAGGACAUAUCCUGCUGUAUAGAGAGGACAUAUCCUGCUGUAUAGAGAGGACAUAUCCUGCUGUAUAGAGAGGACAUAUCCUGCUGUAUAGAGAGGACAUAUCCUGCUGUAUAGAGAGGACAUAUCCUGCUGCAUGGAGAGGACAUAUCCUGCUGUAUAGAGAGGACAUAUCCUGCUGUAUAGAGAGGACAUAUCCUGCUGUAUAGAGAGGACAUAUCCUGCUGUAUAGAGAGGACAUAUCCUGCUGCAUGGAGAGGACAUAUCCUGCUGUAUAGAGAGGACAUAUCCUGCUGUAUAGAGAGGACAUACCCUACUGUAUAGAGAGGACAUACCCUACUGUAUAGAGAGGACAUACCCUACUGUAUAGAGAGGACAUACCCUACUGGACUAUACCGUGAACGUAGAAGAAAACUGUGAUGGCUGUCACACUGCAUGAACAGUGACAUUCGUACUAUUAACACAAGGGUGUUACUGUUUGACACCCUAAACUAGUUAUAAACAGAUGGAAUGGUUAAGACCGUUACUGUAAUAACAUUACUUACACAUAACGGCUUAGUAACACAUCCAAAAUAGCCCUAUUUCCCAUAGAGUGCACUACUUUUGAUAGGGCUCUGGUCAAAAGCAGUACACUAUAUAGGGAAUAGGGUGCCAUUUGGGACUCUUAGUAAAGGUCAGUGAGGAUCAGGGUCACAGGU